AUGGUCGCCCUAAAAGCACUCCAAAGCAACAAUCGCAAGCAGGGACGUCGCCCCUUCCACUCCGCCUGCAAUUCCAUCAAUCCAGCACCUCCCCUCGCCGGCGCCCCUCCGCCCCCUUCCCAGCGGAAGGCCCAUCUGCCUGCCUCCCGGCCCUCCCCCUCGCCACUUCCAUAUGCUAACAGCUCCGCCUGCCACGUCGCCCCGCCCCCCAUUCUAGCCCCUCCCCCUUGUAGCCCUCUUUCUGUGAUAGCCCCGCCCAUCUACGAACAUCAUCGACGAUUACCAGUCACCGCCCACGCCCGCCAAAUAUGCGAUAUGUUAAUCUACCCACUCCCCUCGAGCUUUGCACCUGCACCUCCAUGGCUGGCACUCCAGCAUCCCGAUGACGAGGCCGUCGGAGGUGAUGCCGAAGGCGGCUUCCGACGGCAGGAAAUCCAACCCAGGACACGCUAG